AUUUGAAAACUUGGGGACUCUUAAAACCCCCGCCCCCCUCGCUACCUCAUCAAUCAGCAAAACAAAAACCUCGCCGCUCUUCCCCUCCGACGACCCUCAAUUGCCGGAGCUGUCUUCCGCCGGAAGCCGCUUACCACCCUUCUCUCAACUCUCUUUUUGGGGUUCACAUAAUUGGUAUAAUGCCCCGGAAACCGGCAAGACAUUGCAGAUCAGCACGAUGUCUACCUCUUAGUUUCUCCCCAUUUGCUCGUUCAGUGGCGCGGAUUGCUUCAAAUAACAAGGUUACACACAAGGUUCCCAACUCCAGAUUUCCAGAAAGUAAUCUACCUAGCUCUUCAGGUAAAAGAAUGGAAAAACGCCGUCUUGUAGACAAGAGUGACAAUUCUGGUUCUUCGGAUGAUGAAGAGUCUGAUGGCACUUUUCAAGCAGAUUUUGAGUUCUUUGAUCCAAAACCUAGUGAUUUCCAUGGAGUGAAAAUCCUGCUGCAGACCUACCUUGAUAAUAAGCAAUGGGAUUUGAGUGGUUUUGUGGAUGUAAUACUCGGUCAACCCACAGUUGGAACUGUUGUUAAAAUAGAGAAUGAUGAAGAUGAUGGUAUUUACUCCAUCAUCACGGCUCUUAACUUGGGGAGGUAUAAGGAUCUAGAGUGCAUAGCGGACCUGAAAAAGUUCCUGCUCAAUGCAUGCCACCAGAAGGAUGUUUACUCUAAAUUGAGCUUAUUUCUCGGAGACCAAGCCGAGGAUGUUGGUCUAUUGGUCUCUCAGCGUGUUGUGAAUCUUCCUCCCCAGCUUUUGCCACACCUUUAUGAUGCACUUUUUGAUGAAGUCUCUUGGGCUACAGAAGAUGAGCCUACAGAGGAGCUUCGGAGUUCUUUCUCCUUCAAGUUUUACCUGGUAAUCAGUAAAAUUUACAAGCAUAAGAAUGCGGGCAAGCAAAAUGGGCCAAGUGGUGAUCAAACUAUUGUAUACAUUAAGGCAGAAGACGAAAUCUUUCAAGAGUUAAGCUCUUGGUCCUUCAGUUUUCCUUUGCAUACACAGCUGGUUAGGACUGACGAGCUAAAAGAUUACAGGCUAACUGGCUUGGUAAUGGCAGUAGACGCGAGCAAAAUCCCUACCUUUCGGCAAAAAUUGCACUCUUUAAUAGAGCAGUCAUGAUUUGAUGAGAAAUUCUACCUAUUCAGUUCAAUUAGACGCGUCUUGGAAGUUCUAUAGGUUGCUACAUCAACUCUCUGGCUGGUCAUGAAGCAGUAAUCUGUUUUUGGCCGAUGAAUUGAAAGUACUCUAGUUAGUAAUGGUUUAGUUGAUCUCAUGAUUAUUAUAUAUAUGCGCUCAUAGACGAGACCACUGAAUAGAGGUUUUCUUGGAAAAUACUAGUGAUUCUUCUUAUGUAGAAUGAUCUCUUAGAUGAUUUGAUAAUCUUGGUUCAUUGUAGUUCGCUUAGUGCAAGAAAUUGUCGGAUUUAAUUAUAGGGAUUCUGUAUUUUUGUGUGGAGAAUGUGGGUGCUGUUGCAGAUCAUUGAUAACAUAUAUGAUUGAACUCUUCAAUCUUCUAUUUCUGAACUUUCAA